AACAAAUCUGCACGAGCCUCCUCCGCCUCGCCAUCGCUCCCCAUUCCACCGCCGCCGCCGUCGCCGUCGCCGCACCGCCGCCUGCGCCAUGCUCCGCCUCCGGAGCUGCCUCCUCUCCCACCUCCUAUCCUCUCCCGCCACCUCCCCACUCCCCUCUCUCCACCGCCUCCUCUCCGCCGCCGCCGCGCCCGCCGUCUCCCCCGACUCCGGCUUCGAAGUGGAGCGCUACCUCGUCUCCACCUGCGGGCUGACCCGAGCGCAGGCGCUCAAGGCCUCCGCCAAGCUCUCCCACCUCAAGUCCCCCGCCAAGCCCGACGCCGUGCUCGCCUUCCUCGCCGGCCUCGGCCUCUCCGGCGCCGACGUGGCCACCCUCGUCGCCAGGGACCCGCUCUUCCUCUGCGCCGGCGUGGAGGGAAACCUGGGCCCCGCCGUCGCCGGGCUCACCGGCCUCGGCCUCUCGCGCCCUGAGAUCGGGCGCCUCGUCUCGCUCUCCCCGGACCGAUUCCGCCGCAAGAACGUCGUGCCCAAGGUGCGCUACUACCUGCCUCUCUUCGGCUCCUCCGAGGACCUCCUCUCCGGUGUCAAGCGCGGCUUGUUCCUUCUCUCCGUCGACGUCGACCGGGUGGUCAAGCCCAACGUCGCGGUCCUGCGGGAGUGCGGGCUAUGUGUUCGCGACAUUGCCAAGGUGCUCAUCCAAAUGCCGAGGAUCAUCACCGCCAGGCCGGAGCGCACCCUUGCAAUGGUUGCGUGCGCCGAGCGUAUUGGUGUGCCCCGUGGCUCUGGGAUGUUUAGGCAAGCGCUGCAGGCUGUCGCAUGCUUCAGCGAGGAGAAGAUUGCCGCCAAAGUGGAACAGUUGAAGAAGACAUUGCGGUGGUCCGAUGCCGAUGUCGGCAUUGCUCUGUGCAAGUGGCCGACUGUGCUGAGGUGGUCGAAUGACAUGCUGCAGCGCAAGUCUGAGUUCCUCAUCUCUAAGGUGGGCUUGGAACCGGCGUACAUUGCCCACCGUCCGGCAAUACUCGGUCUUAGCUUGGAGCGCCGUCUCAAGCCCCGGUACUAUGUUAUGAGGUUUCUUAAGGAAAAUGGAUUGCUGAGUCAUGCCAGAGACUACAAUUCUAUGCUCUUGGUCAGCGAGAAGGUAUUUGUGGAGAGGUUCAUACGCCCCCACAAGCAAGCUGCGCCACACAUUGCUGAAGACUAUGCAGCCGCUUGCACAGGGGAGGUGCCUGCUAGAUUCAGAUUUACAUGAACCAAGGACAGUCUAUGAAAGUUGGUAGCUGCGUGUGCAACAACAGAAUUUCCACUCGUCGUAUUAAGCUGGUAAUUCAUGGUUAGGUGUUCUUUUCAUGACUGAAUUUUGGUUUUGUUGUGGCCAAUGCUUGACAUUACUGAUAACUUGAUUUCUGAACCCCAAUAUGGUGAUUUCGUCAUUUGGUGGAGAAGAAAGCUUGAUGUGUGAUAUAUUUUCAUGUCAAGUUUAUCUAGCA